AUGAUCGAGGGACUGGUGUGGAGCCGGCCCAGUCUGCUCAAGCUACACGACCACAACGUCGUGGUGCGGCGCGACAUGGCGGAGGACGCCGCGCUACGCGACCAGCGAGUGGCCUUGGUCAGCGCGGACAUGAACCCGCCCAUGCCGGUGGCGGGUGAUGUGUUCACGAGCCCGGCGCCCGACGCCAUUGUUGCGGCCAUCAAGGCGGUCACCGGCUCGAAGGGCUGCCUGCUCAUCGUGAAGAACUACACCGGCGACCGCCUCAACUUUGGCCUCGCGGCCGAGAUCGCCCGCUCGGAGGGCCUGCAAGUCAAUAUCGUGACGUGGCUCGACGACGUCGCCUUGGCAUCGGACGACUCCGCAACAGGCCGCAGGGGCAUUGCUGGCACGGUGCUGGUGCACAAGCUCGCCGGAGCCGCGGCGGAGGAGGGCAAGUCCCUGGAGGAGGUCACUCGUGUGGCCAGGCGCGUGGCCGAGAAUGUGCGCACCAUGGGCGUCGCGCUGAGCCCCUGCAUCGUGCCCGCGGUGGGCAAGCCGACCUUCACGCUCCCGCCUAACGAGGUUGAGCUCGGACUGGGCAUUCACGGCGAAGCCGGUGUCAGGAAGCAGCCGCUGGAGUCGGCCGACGCCACCGCCGAUCAACUGCUCACCGCUAUCCUGGCCGACGCCAAGCUUGCAGAGAAGAGCCGCGUGGCCGCGAUGGUGAACAACCUCGGCGCCACGACCAGCAUGGAGCUCUACAUCGUCGCGCGCAGGGUGCUUCGCUUUUUGGAGGAGAAGGGAUUCGUCGUAGAGAGGUUGCUGGUGGGCACCUACAUGACGGCUCUGGAGAUGGCCGGCUUGUCGGUGUCGCUGCUCCCCAUCGACGACGAAGCGCUCUCGCUGCUGGACGCGCCCGCUGCCCACGACGCUGCGUGGCACGGCUUCUCCCGUGCGGCGCCCAGCCGCAAGCACGCCUACACCGCAGCGCCGCCCGCCACGUCAGCCGCGUCGGCCGCUCCUUCGCCUUCGCCCGACGCGGCCCACCUGGUCGACGUGGUCGAGCAGGUCAUCGCCGCCGUGCUCCAGCACGAGGAGCUGCUCACCCAGCUCGACCAGCAGACGGGCGACGGCGACUUUGGCGUGACCCUGGCGCGCGGCGGGAAGGCCGUGCGCGCCAAGCUGGCCGACCUCCGCACCGCCGGCUCGGUGGCCGACGCCCUGCACGCCCUCGGCAUGGAGCUGCAGCGCAGCAUGGGCGGCACCUCGGGCGCGCUCUACGGCGUCUUCUUCCUCCGCAUGUCCGACGCGCUACGCAAAGCACCCACCGGCCAUCAGUGGGCCGAGGCGCUCAAGGCCGGCACCGACGCCAUCGGCCACCUCGGCGGCGCCAAGCUAGGCACCGCGCUGGCGGCCGCCGCGGAGGCCGCGCGCAAGGGAGCCGAGUCGACCAGCGAGCUCGUGCGGCGCAAGGGCCGCGGCACCUACCUGGGCGAGCGGGCCAAGGGCCACAAGGACGCCGGCGCCGAAGCCGUCGCCCUCCUCCUCGACGCCCUCCUCCACACCCUGCGCCCUUCCACCUCUUCUUCCUCCUAA